ACACACUCACCAGAGUAGAACACUGUGGGACAGCUAUUACCUCUUCAACAUAGAGAAAGUCACUGCUGCUGAGUUCUUCUGCCCUGGACUGGACUGGACUCUCUCUCUCUCUCUCUCUCUCUCUCUCUCUCUCUCUCUCUCUCUCUCUCUCUCUCUCUCUCUCUCUCUCUCUCUCUCUCUCUGUGUCUCUGGAUAUCCUUACUCUUCACAGCAGAAGGAGAUUUGUGUCAAAGAUAUGAAGAAACCAACAUCUGUGUUUAGCAAUAUAAAGCUGUUUGUGCUGUGUCAUGGCCUGCUGCAGCUCACCCAGCUGCUCUACAGUUCCUACUUUAAGAGCACCAUCACCACCAUUGAGAGACGCUUUGGCCUCAGCAGUUUCUCCUCUGGCACCAUCUCCUCUCUGCACGAGGUGGGGAACACAAUUCUGAUAGUGUUUGUGAGUUACCUGGGCAGCAGGGUCCAUCGGCCUCGUCUCAUCGGACUGGGAGGUCUGCUGAUGUCCAUCAGCGCUCUCAUCCUGGCCCUACCUCACUUCCUGUCCCAGCCCUAUAACUAUGACUCUGUCAUACAUGAUCGCCAAGACCUGUGUUCCCUCCAGGGUACCUCCAACACCACAGAGGCCUGUGGAAAGACAGAGAUCAAGCGUAUAGCAGACACCAACAACUUGUGGCUGCUCAUGGCUAUAGCUCAGCUGCUGUUCGGGGUGGGGUCUGUUCCCAUACAACCCUUUGGUAUCUCUUAUGUGGAUGACUUCGCCGGACGAGGCAACUCCCCCCUCUACAUAGCCAUCCUGUUUGCCCUGUCUGUGUUUGGACCUGCCUUCGGCUUCCUGCUGGGCUCCGUCAUGCUGAGGAUCUAUGUGGAUGUGGACAGAACCGGCUCAGUCACCAACGCUGAGCUGGUCCCUACAGACCCUCGCGGGGUGGGUGCGUGGUGGAUGGGCCUCCUCAUCUCCUCUGCCAGCCUAGCCCUGACCUCCAUCCCAUACUUCUUCUUUCCUCGCAGCAUGCUGCUGGAAGGCAAUAGUGGAACUGAAGCUGCCAUUCAGAAUGAAGACUCCAAAAAGCCAGACUUCUCAAUGCUUGAUUUCCUGAAGAUGUUCCCCAGGCUGUUUGUUCGUCUGCUCCUCAGUCCUCUGUUCCUGCUGUUGGUUCUGUCUCAGUGCUGUUUCUCUUCAGUCAUCGCUGGCCUCGCCACCUUCCUCACCAAGUUCCUGGAGAGACAGUACAGCACAACCACCGCUUACAGCAACCUGCUCAUAGGUGCGGUGAACCUUCCGUCCGUUGCCGUGGGGAUGCUGGUGGGCGGAGUCAUCAUGAAGAGGACCGGUCUCUCUCUGAAGACCAUCCCUCGUUUUUCUGUCGCCAUGCUCACCAUCUCUGUCCUCCUCAUCAUCCCUCUCUUCUUCAUGGGCUGCCCCACACAGAGGGUGGCGGAGGUCAACUACACACCCCGUGGGUUUCUGGCCACCUGUUAUUCCAACUGCUCCUGUCCUGCUGACUCCUUUAACCCAGUGUGUGGAUCUGACAACACUGAGUACCUGUCUCCCUGCCACGCAGGCUGCAAAGACUACACCAAAGACCCGAAGAACAAAUUCAGGGUUCUGAAGUACACAGAUUGUAUCUGUAUAGCUGACAGGCAGGGUAGUGGUGGGGGUACUGCCCGCCCCGGUCCUUGCCCCAACCAAUGUCCUCACUUCCUGCUUCCUGUCAUGUUCCUCAUCUCUCUGGCCGGGUUGAUCGCCUCCCUAACACACAACCCCAUCUAUAUGAUGGUCCUCAGAACUGUUCCCCAUGAAGAUAAAUCCUUUGCCAUAGGAGUCCAGUUUUUGCUCAUGAGAGUGCUUGCCUGGUUACCAGCCCCAGCCCUGUUCGGCAUUGUCAUCGACAGCUCCUGUAUUUGGUGGAAACAAGCCUGUGGCAACCGGCUGGGCUGUGGUUACUAUGACAAUAACAUCCUGAGGAACAGGUACCUGGGCCUGCAGGUGGGAUUCAAGGUGAUGGGGAUCUUCCUUCUUGGGGUGGUGGGCUGGAAGGUCCUGAGGACCAGGGAGUACAGCCUGGAGAAGAGGCCUGAUGGACCACUCUGAUCUGGGAUACGACUGACCUCCUGGCUCCCUACUCCGUCCUCUCUCCCGUCUCACUUUAAAGAGUAGUCUCAGGUCCACUACUGUUCCUUUCAACAGUCUGCUGAGGUGUUCUGUCUGAAUGUGCUCUCCUUUACCUACCUGAUCCAUCUAACCUGUUUCACAUGAGAGAAGUGACUCACCUAUCAACUGCCAGUGGGCAAAGUCCACUAUGCCUUUCAACCAUAGAAUGUUUCAACGGUCUGUUUAAAGUAUUCUCAAACCCAGCUGAUCCUCCUGUUAGUAACCUCAGCACUGUUCUCAAACCCAGCUGAUCCUCCUGUUAGUAACCUCAGCACUGUUCUCAAACCCAGCUGAUCCUCCUGUUAGUAACCUCAGCACUGUUCUCAAACCCAGCUGAUUCUCAAACCCAGCUGAUCCUCCUGUUAGUAACCUCACUGCACUGUUCUCAAACCCAGCUGAUCCUCCUGUUAGUAACCUCAGCACUGUUCUCAAACCCAGCUGAUCCUCCUGUUAGAGUAACCUCAGCACUGAAGGACACUCCAGCUCUGGUAAGGAUACUAUAACCCUCAUACAGGACACUAUAGCUCCCCUUCGACUAUCCUACACAAUCCCCACACGGGGAAGGGGGUUCAAUAUCCCCACACGGGCAAGGUGGUUCAAUAUCCCCACACCGGGAAGGGGGUUCAAUAUCCCCACACCGGGAAGGGGGUUCAAUAUCCCCACACCGGGAAGGGGGUUCAAUAUCCCCACACAGGGAAGGUGGUUCAAUAUCCCCACACCGGGAAGGGGGUUCAAUAUCCCCACACAGGGAAGGGGGUUCAAUAUCCCCACACAGGGAAGGUGGUUCAAUAUCCCCACACCGGGAAGGGGUUCAAUAUCCCCACAUGGGGAAGGGGGUUCAAUAUCCCCACACGGGGAAGGGGGUUCAAUAUCCCCACACGGGGAAGGGGGUUCAAUAUCCCCACAUGGGGAAGGGGGUUCAAUAUCUCCACACGGGGAAAGGGGUUCAAUAUCUCCACACCGGGAAGGGGGUCAGUGAUCCUACACGGGGAAGGGGGUCAGUAUCCCUACAUGGGGAAGGGGGGGGGUCAGUAUCCCUACAUGGGGAAGGGGGUCAGUAUCCCUACAUGGGGAAGGGGGUCAGUAUUCCUACACGGGGAAGGGGGUCAGUAUCCCUACAUGGGGAAGGGGGUCAGUAUCCCUACAUGGUGAAGGGGGUCAGUAUCCCUACAUGGGGAAGGGGGUCAGUAUUCCUACACGGGGAAGGGGGUCAGUAUUCCUACACGGGGAAGGGGGUCAGUAUCCCUACAUGGGGAAGGGGGCCAGUAUCCCUACAUGGGGAAGGGGGUCAGUAUCCCUACAUGGGGAAGGGGGUCAGUAUCCCUACAUGGGGAAGGGGGUCAGUAUUCCUACACGGGGAAGGGGGUCAGUAUUCCUACAUGGGGAAUGGGGUCAGUAUACCUACAUGGGGAAGGGGGUCAGUAUCCCUACAUGGGGAAGGGGGGUCAGUGGCAGUGAAAGGUGUUGAUUUUAGAUCAUUUUGAAGGACGAAACGUAGUCUUUGGGUGCACAUUGAAAACUGUACACUUGCUGUUAUCCCAGGGAUGUUGUUCAUUCAGGUUUCUAGUUGCAGUAGACAACAAAGUUAAAGCUAGCUUAAUAUUUAAGUUUGUCUUUAACACAGAGGCAUUUUGGUGAGUGACAUUAUAGAGACUUUGUGUUUUUGUUUGAGAUGAUUAAAAACAUAUUUUUUUUACACAGAAUAGUAAUUUUAUAUGAUCAAUAUCUCAUCAGCUUUAAUCACAAUAAUAUGCUAUGCAUCAAAUAUCAAUUGCACUGUUUAAAUAAUUGUUAUCUUGUUGAAAUAAAAUGGCAAUACAAUAUGGUUAGUUUUGGAUAAUCUUAGUUUGCGUGCCUUAUAAGCAGCAAUAAAUACUUGUAACUCCUGUAAAUAAUAAAAAUGUUUGUUUA